AUGCUGCCAACACGAAUGCGCAGGCCCGCGCACGCCCUCCUUGCGUUCCGUUCGCCUCGAAGCUCGAUAGCUCGGUCACUCAAUGCGCCAUGGUCUCGAUUUAACAGUAGCCAAGCACCAAAGCCAGAUCCGUCCUCGCACUGGCUUCGCAACUCUCUCGGUUUUGCUGUCACGGGAACUACAGUUUUCCUAGGCUACUCAUACUACGCUGAUGGCGGAAAGGAGGCUUGGACAACUACUCCGGAGGCUAAGAAAGAAGCCAUUGACGUCAAUGACCUUCGUGCCAAUUUUGUCCAGGAGAAGCGUAGCCUCAAAAGCUCCGCGGUUUAUACAUGGGGCUCAAAUGUUUAUAAGGUGGUGGAUCCGGGAUCCAAAGACACCGACAUCAAGACUCCUCGGCGGUUCAAAUACUUCAAUGGCCAGGUUUUGAGAGACCUCAAGAUCGAGGAAAAGGCCGGUGCAGCAAUUACCGAGAAGGGAGACCUGGUACAAUGGGGUCACGCGUUCUCGGAAACGGACUACAAGCCUACGGAAACCCUUACGGGCAAGAAUCUCACAUCCCUGGCCAUGUCCGAGAGCCGUAUCAUCGCACUAUCUUCAGACGGAACUCUUUACUCUCUGCCUCUUUCUAAAUCAGAGCAAAGCACUGGCCCCAAGUCACGAGAGAGCUCCUGGAUUCCGUUCUGGAAUAGCAAGUCUAACCUAAGCUACCGUGUGCUCACCCCAUCCUUGAAGCUGGGAGAAAAAGUCGUUUCCAUUAGCGGUGGAAUGGAGCAUGUGCUCAUGCUGACAAGCUCAGGCCGUGUCUUCUCUGCGGCGUCGUCUACUGAAAAUUAUCCUUCUCUGGGCCAGCUCGGCAUUGAGGGACUCACCUGGUCCACCAGACCCAAGGGCCCGGCGGAUACCUGUCAUGAGAUCACAGCAUUCAACGGCUCAAAGAUUACUCAAAUAGCCACUGGUGAUUACCACUCACUUGCCCUAACUAAGGAUGGUCGUAUCUUUGGCUUCGGUGACAAUUCCUUUGGUCAGCUAGGAGUGGAUUAUGAACAUGAGCAUCCUCUCAAGGACAAGCCUUGCCCUUUGAGGGUAGACAAGCUUUACCGAAGGAGCAUGUACGAAUCCAAGGCAACCGGAAUUGCCGCGGGUGGAGCCAAUACAUUUUUCACUGUUGAUGCCAAGCGCAUCCUGGGAUCCGAGGAAGAAGCUGCCGAUGUCCGAGACGUUGGGAAUGUGACAGCAGACACAUGGUCCUGUGGCCGAGGAAUUUGGGGCACUCUGGGCAAUGGCAGAUGGGUUCACGUGCAGGAUUCGCCUACCAAGGUCAAAGCAUUGAGUGGAGUGAGCGAGUUCGACGAAAAGACGAAUAAGAUCACCCCUAUCCGCAUCAGAGCCAUGUCCGUGGGUACCACCCAUGUCUCUGCCAUUCUGAACAACACAAUCAAUGUCGGCAAAAACACCAAGGAAACAUUGGACCAAUCCAAGGACUGGGGCUACGACGUCGUCUGGUGGGGAGGUAACGAGCAUUUCCAGCUUGGAACGGGAAAGCGAAGCAACCAGUCCAAGCCGGUCUACAUCAACGCGCCUCCUGAGAAGAAAACCCAGGAGGAGGCACGACUGCAGAUCAUGCCCAGCCACAAGGGCAAGGUCGGGAAGCGCAAUGUGAAGAUGGAACAGCGUGUUGAGUGUGGGCGCCACUGCAAACUGUUAUCGCCGCGGAGACGCUUGGGCCAACGCUUAUCCAGAAAAAUUCCAGCGCUUCAAUCGCAAGUUUCCUUACGACACACCUCCAUAAUGCCCCGCGAGCAACAAAAGAGAGGCCGCAGGGCCGAAAAGAAAGCCGGAAAGGAUGAUACCAAAAGAAAGUUUGAAGAGGACGCCGAAUUGCCCGCGAAGCGUAUGAAGCCCUCCGAUGAGGCCAACGACGCCGAAUUCCACGAUAACGCGGACUACAUCUCACUCGACGUUGGCGAAGGGGACCAGCAGGGCUUCCAGGGUCCAGAGGAAAAUGGCGACAUGCCAUUCUAUGGUCUCCUAGACGAGGAGGAAUCUGAAUACUUCCAACGUGCCAACGAGAUGCUCGAGCUGAACCAGUUCCAAGACGCCGAAGAGCGGAGCUUGUUUGUCGACAGUGUAUACUCGGAAGCCAACGGCAAGGAGCUGAAGAUCGCUUGUAGCCAGGGUUGUUCAAGACUCAUGGAGAAAUUGAUCUCAAUGUCAAAUGCCCAACAAUUGCGCCGAAUCUUCAGCAAAUUCGUGGGCUCAUUCCUGCAUCUGGUUCAGCAUCGCUUUGCAAGCCAUUGCUGUGAGACCCUUUUCAUUCACGCUGCGCCUGCGGUCAUGCAGAAGACAAAAGCCAAGAAGUCCGACGACGAAGAUGGAGAGGAGGAGCCGGGGCUAUCGAUCGCAGAGAUGUUCAUGACUGUCAUUGAAGAACUGAAGGACAACUGGGGAUACCUGUUGACUGAGCGAUUUGCAUCGCACACAAUCCGUGUCCUACUGCUGGUUCUUGCGGGAGAGCCCGUUGAUGUGACAUCCACGGACUCUUUCGUGGCAAGUCGCAAGAAGGAAAGACUCGAAAUCCCUACAAUUCAAGGCGAAGAGAAGGUGGAGCUAUCCAAGACGGAAAAGCACAGUGUGCCUGAAACAUUUGAGCCGGCACUCAAAAAGAUUAUGACAGAUAUGGUCGCCGGCCUCGACGAUACCUAUCUCCGCGCCAUGGCCACUCAUCCAGUUGGCAAUCCUGUUCUCCAGGUGCUCUUGUUCCUUGAGCUUUCACACUUCGGCAAGUCAAGUGCCAAAGAUCCCAAGUCAACCAUCAGAAGACUCGUUCCUGAUGAGACGUUUGAGGAAGAAUCGGAGAGCGCCAUCUUUAUUCGCGGUCUUCUUUACGACCCGGUCGGUUCUCGCUUGCUGGAAACAAUGGUGCGAUACCUUCCUGGAAAGGCAUUCAAGAACCUAUACCGAAACAACUUGGGCGAACGAAUCGGUUCUCUCUCUCGCAAUAGCACCGCCGGAUAUGUCGUUCUCCGCAUGCUGGAGAGACUUGGCAAGGAUGACCUGAAGAUUGCGAUGAGCAAUAUUGUUCCCGAAGUCCCAGGCUUGAUUGAACGCUCCAGACUCAUUGUCCCCAAGGUGUUGAUUGAGCGGUGUGUUGUUCGUGGUGUUGACACCAAGCCUCUGGCAGAAGCCCUCGAGGGUGCUUACAGCAAGGACCCCACCGUCCGACUGCAGGAAAUGCUCAAGUUUAACAUCUCGGAGACCCCGGCCCCUGAGCCCGAAGACCAUAACAUGGAUGGCGACAGCGAUGAGAAGGAGCGCAAGCCACGCGGCCCGCCUCCAGUAUCUGCGGCUGAAAAGGCAGAGAAGCUGCAUGCUUCUCUGCUUGUACAAGCAAUGUUGACGGUUUCGGGUCCCCUCAGUCAACUGGUUUACACAAGUCUGCUUGCACAAGCCCCCGAGACGAUCAUACAACUUGCCCAGGAGCCCACUACAUCCCGUGUCCUUCAGUCGGCGCUGACCUCUACAAGCUCAACGACCCAAAUUCGGCGACAGCUCACCACCCGCUUCCAGGGUCAUCUUGCCACCCUCGCUCUGAGCCCAAGCGGAUCACACGUGGUUGACGCUCUCUGGUCAGCGACCAAGGAUAUCUUCUUCGUCAAGGAACGCAUGGCCCAGGAGCUCGAGCGGAGUGAACAGACACUCCGCGAUUCAUUCGUGGGUCGCGCAGUUUGGCGCAACUGGUCUAUGGAUUUGUUCAAGCGCCGACGGGGCGAGUGGACUCGCAAAGCCAAGGGUCUUGAGGACCGAACUUUCACCAAUGAAGGAGCCGAGCGCCCCAAGUCCAAGAUUGAACAGGCGCGGGCUCGCUAUGCUGCUGCCAGAGAAGCCGCUGAAGCCGGAGCCACCGGUGCCAACCAAACUGCGGUGGCUAGUAAGAACUGA